AUGCUUUCCUUUCAUUUCUGGAAGUCCCUGGGUCGACCUACAGAUGCUGCUCCUUCCGUGGCCGAUGGCAUUCAGACUCGUGGCUGCAGGCGGUGCCAGGCAAACAACUGGACAGAACAGCUCAGCCACAGGAAGGUGGCCACAGUCUCGGCCAGAGCAGCAGCCCCCGGGCCUCAGACCACCCCUGCCACCCCUGCCGGGAGCCUUCCCUCCUCCCUUGGGCUUGUCCCGGCCCCGCCACAGGGGCUGAAGACCCGGGAAGGGGUGGCAGCAACCGCAGUGGUGCCUCCAGCCUUGGGCCCGGGCCAGGCACGUGGGGCUCUGCUUAGGGCCACUCUGCAGCCCCUCCAGGGCCAGGGAGGGAGCCGGGCCAGCCCCGGCGCCGCUCACCACUGUCUCCUGCUGUCGCUGCAACUUGGGCGAGGGCUCGGGAUGGAAGCCACCCCCGGGGAGCUGAGUCCGCAGGCCAGACUGCAGGAGGUGGGCGACCCGGGGAGCGGAGCUCAAGAUAGCCAGGAGCUGAAGCAGCAGAUGCGGCCGCUGCUGCCGGGGCCACCGGCCUCCUCCCAGCGAGAGGCGAAAUAUGUGGAGAUGUGUGCUUCGGCCGCAGCCCGGGGGGAGAGUCCCCGCACCAGGAGACUCGCCCUGCGGCCCCGCCCAGGGGAGCAGAGGGCCCCCAGGAGUCCCAAGGAGGAAGCCCAAGGGGAGCCCAGCGGUCAGGAGAGCGAGGCUCCGACCCCCCAGAAGAAUCCUGCUGCAUCGGAACUCUGCAGAUCCCAGCUCUCCCGCACUGAUGAGGGCAGCAACUUCUCAUCUUCCUCCUCCUCGACCUCCUCCCCAGUGGACAAAGCAGAAGAAGGUGGCCUUUCCAAGAUGGAUGAUACCACCACAUCAGCAGGGGCUCUGGCCACCUCGUCUUCAUCUUUAGGCUUUGAGAGUGACAGUGGUCAGAGCGCAGUGAGCCGCCAGCCCAGGGGGGGAGGAGAAGGGGGGGGAGAGGGAAAAGCAGGAGGAGGAGGGGCAGGAGGAGGGGGAGGAGGAGGGGGAGAUGGAACUGAGUGCAGAGACAUUAUUGCCAAGUCUCAGGGCAGCAGGGACCCCCCAAAAAAUGAGGAGGCUCACUACAUCACCACCCACGAGAUCCAGCUGAGUGAGGUGGAGCAGGACAUGGAUUUUGAUGUGGGACUGGCCUCCCGCUGGGAUUUCGAGGACAACAACGUGAUCUACUCAUUCGUGGACUACGCUUCCUUUGGUGGCAGCGACGAGACCCCGGGGGACGUCACCACCCCGACCGAAGAGGAUGAUGACAACAGCUGCUACCUCAGCACCACUCCCAGCACCCAUGCCACCCAGACUCCGAGCCCCACCAGCAGUGACCCGGCGCGCCCCAGCGCAGACAGCGGUGGUCGCCACACCAGCAGCACGGAAGUGGGCAGCGGCCCCUCUGACAGUGACCCCACUCCUCCACCCACUGGGCCUGGCACUGCCACCCUGAGUGAGCCCUUGCCCGAGCCCCCGGAGGCAGCUUCAGGGGCAGCAGCCGAUGCAGCCAGCAGCUGUGGGAGUGCAGCAAGCCAGAUCCUCCUAUCAAUCAAACCGACUUCCCGGGCUAUAAAUGAGCCUAGCAACGUGCGUGCAAAGCAAAACAUUAUUUAUGCUGCCAAGCAUGAAGGCGACAUGAGCCUCCGCGUCUCUACAGCUGCUGAACACAAUUCAAGUUCACUGAAGCAAGACCCGGCUGCAGCCGUGGCUCAGGACCAUGCAAAGAAAUUCAUUGCUGUCCCUGCUCGCCUGCAAACCCGGUGCGGGGCCAUUCGGGCGAAGGAGCUGGUGGACUACUCCAGCGGAGCCUCCAGUGCCGUGAGUGAACUGGACGAUGCGGACAAGGAGGUACGGAACCUGACCUCCCGGGCCUUCCGGAGCCUGGCCUACCCCUACUUCGAGGCCCUGAACAUCAGCUCCCGGGAGUCCUCCACACUCUCCGAAGUCGGCUUUGGGCGGUGGUCGACUUUCCUGGAUUUAAAAUGUGGAGGUGUUGGAGCCAGGGUGGAGCAGAGCCUCCUCAGGAGCAGUGCGGCCUCUGUGGCCGCAGGUCUGAGGAAGGGCGGUGGGGCCAGGACGGCCGCAAACCAGCUCUACGUCCAGGCCAAGAAGUCCCAGACCAAAGCCUUGGAGUUCGUGGUCAGCAAAGUCGAGGGGGAAAUCAAACACGUGGAGACACCUCUGUGUUUCCAGAAGCAGGUCCAGACGGGCUCCCGCGUGGUCACCCUUCUCGAGCCCCUGAAUUUUCGCAGUGAGAGCAAAGCCAGCUCAGCCACUGGGCCCUGCAGAACCACCAAAGGCUCCAGCAAGGGCCCCGGGUCGGUGUACACGGACGACGGCUCCGAGGCCUCUGAGAGCAGCAAGCCUGCCUCCCGCGCCGACGGCCCCCAGAAGAAGUCCAAGUUUGCUUCCAGUCUGCUCAAAAAUGUCAUCUCCAAGAAGAUGCAGUGGGAACAUGAGUUCAAAAUGGAGAGGGGAGAAGUCACUGACACAUCCCACCAUAACCUCUCCAGCACCGCCAAGGAGAUAGAGGGUCCCGCCAGGGGGGAGAAGCAGCGGGAGAGGGGCCUGCAGAGGCAGAGUUCUCGCCACUCCGAGGCUGGCUCUGAGUACACGGUGGUCAGCGUGUCCGAUGCAGGUGCGGAGGGCUCCGCGGCCGAGUCCAAAUCGCCAAUUUUCAAAGCCAGUGCUCCUCGCGAGUGCAAUGCAGUCUCUGGCCGAAAUUUCGCGGACGGACACACUGAAGAAGUCUGUGAAAUUAAAAAGAGCGCAUCGGAGACUGUCAAAGGCAUCUUCCUGCGGAGUCAGAACAGUGCAUUCCGCUCCUGGAAGGAGAAGGAGGCCGAGAAGCGGGAAGAAAAGGCCCCCAUUGGGAAGCUGAAGCUUCCCAAAGGGGGCGACUGGAGAGCUGAUCUUGGAGAGAUCUCUGCCAGCAAGUCCACCAUCAUGUCGCGCCUCUUUGUCCCCAACAUCCAGCAGACGCCCAAGGACAAGCAGCCGGGGAAGCAGGCCACCAAGUACCCUGCUGCCCAAGCCACCUCCACGGCAGUGAUCCGGCCCAAGGCUCCCGAAAUCAAGAUCCGGCUGGGGAGCGUGCAACAGCCAAGCUCGGACUUCAACAUUGCCAAAUUGCUCACGCCCCAAUUGGCCAGCGGCAGCGCCCCUAACCUCUUCAAGACCGCUGAGGACAACGGCAGGGCGCAGCAGAAGCUCUUCCGGGGAGACAACCUGGAAAAAGUGCCCCAGUUCCAGGUGAGAGACGUCAGAGACAAGUCCAAGGCCCAAGGCCCCCUCCACCAGGUGAGAGAUGUCAGGAAACUAAUCAAAGGGUCAGGGGACAGCAGUGACAAGGGCAGUGUUACCCCAGAGCAGGGGCUGACCGGGCCCAAGCCCAGGCAGCUGGCUGCUGCAGGGGGUGGAUCCAGAUCCCUUUCCCCCAUAGUGAUUACGUGCCAGGCGGUGGUGAACCCGAGGGAAGGUAGCAUGGACCGGGAGCCGAGGGAGAACGUAGGCAAAGGUGGCGGCGGCCGGUUCUUGAAUUCGUCCUCUCCAGAAGGGACCGUCUUGGUUCACAGGGCAUCUGGCAGGCUGCCCGUGGCCACCAUUGCCCCCAAUAAGCCCGAGCAGGGCUCUUACCUGCCUGUGCUCAAGAUCGUCUCUAAGGCUUCUGCUCAGAAGACCCCAGAGAAGGCCAAGGAGGAGGAGGUCAAGGAGGAAGGGAAAGCCCCAAAGCCCUCUCGGAAUGCCCUGGAGAAGCUGACGGCCGCCGUGAGGUCCAUGGAGGAGCUGUACAGCUUCAACAGGAACGAGUGGAAGCGCAAAAGUGACCCUUUGCCCAUGAUGAUGGACAGCCACGUCCUGUCGCUCAUUGCCAGCGAGGAGAGGGAAGGGGCUGCGGGUGCGGAGGGGGACCCAGAUAAGCUGGCCAAACGCCUGGGUGAGCCGGCCGAGAGGGGCACCGGAAACAAAGGCGGCGUGGUGCUGCGUGGGGGCCCUGCGGAGCGUCUGCAGCGGAGAAACUCCAACCCUGGCACUGAGAGUGUGUCUGCCCGGGCAGCCGCCUUCGAGAGCCUGGCCAGGGAAAGGCCGCGAUCCCUCUACAUACCCCCGGCCCACAAGGAUGUGGAGAGAACCCAGCCCCUGCAGCCCCUCCCACCACUCCCCAGCAACCGAAACGUGUUCACGGUGAGUGCCAGCAGCACCCAGAAAACUGGGGGUGUCGCCGGCAAGUUCCCCCAAGGGCCUUCUCCAGAGACUCCUUCAGCAGCAAAGGGCAUCAAAUCCCAGGGACUCCGGUCCCUCAAGAUCUCUCCGGCCGCGCGGGCGCCUCCUGAUGAGGUGACCAAUAGGAAAAAUGGCAGCAGUGUGGAAAAGAACCAUAGUGACUGUGAGAAUUACCUGUCCAUCCCCCUCAAAGGAAGCUCUACGGCCGCCGGAGAGGUUCCAGGCAGGCCCGGGGCUGGGAGGGAGGGGCCCCCAGCCUCCUCAGCGGCCACUCUCUGCAGCUUGCCCCCCCUGAGUGCCCGCAGCCAGGUCCCCAGUAGUCCCAAAGGCUCUCAGGUCAGUGGAACCAGCCGGCCAGCUUGGCGUACCAAACCCGAGAACCCCAGGGAGACAGUUGCUGCCCCCACAGGGCCACAGAGCCCUGAGCAUCUCCCCACUGCCAUCUACCACCAGCCCCCGCUGCCCUUCACCCUGCAGGGAGCCCAGCCCCAGGUCCUGUGCUUCUCCCCACCCAGCAUGCCUGCCCCAGCACCUGCAGGCCCAGCUUCAGUCCCCGCAGACCCCUUCCAGCAGCCACAGCCCCAGCAGACCCAGCGCAAGAUGCUUCUGGAUGUGACGACUGGCCAGUACUAUCUGGUGGACACACCAGUACAGCCCAUGACCCGAAGACUGUUUGACCCUGAGACGGGGCAGUAUGUGGAUGUGCCCAUGACCUCCCAGCAGCAGGCUGUGGCUCCCAUGUCCCUCCCUGUGCCUCCCUUGGCCCUGAGUCCUGGGGCCUAUGGACCCACCUACAUGAUCUACCCUGGGUUUCUGCCCACGGUGCUGCCCACCAAUGCCCUGCAGCCCACGCCAAUUGCUCACACUCCAGGGGGUAGUGAGCUCUCCUCCAUGGCAGCAGAGCCCCCCAGCAAAGAGGCAGCUGCGACAUUCACUGAGGCCCCGUACUUCAUGGCCUCUGGUCAGUCUCCUGCUUCCUCUUCCUCCUCGGCCCCAGCAGCCACAUCCCAGCUCGUGGGGGCCAAAGGCUUUGCCCAGCUGCAUGGCAAGCCUGUCAUCAGCAUCACUUCGCAACCGCUGGGGCCGAGGAUCAUUGCCCCCCCUUCCUUUGAUGGCACCACCAUGAGCUUUGUGGUAGAACACAGAUGAUGAGCAGUCCCCAGAAAGCAGAACGGAGUAGCUGCUGGAGCAAGACAGAAGAUGGACUAUUCUGUAAUCGGAAGGUUGUGUUGUAACAGCACUAAGAAUUCAGCUGUAAACUUCCUCUACAUGUGUUAUUCUUAGUUUUUGCUUCUUAUAAACCAAGUGUGUAAGUUUCUAUAUUUUCCUGAACAACCCUGUUAAGACAGUUUGUGUUAUUUUAGUGUUACUAAGCUGAGUGAAUGGUUGCAAAAUGAUUUCUUUUUAUACUUUAAUAGCAGAAGAUAAGCUUUCGCUUCAUCUUUCCCUCCUGUACUUGUGACUAGGCAUAACCAUCCCUUCAGUGUUCUCAUAGUUCAAUCGAAAGAUACGACACCAUGAGAUUGGUUCUGUUGUAAAGCACGCUGGCAGAUCAAUAGUUUGGAUCACAGAUCUCCUUAGAGGUUCACGGAUUAGAUGGCAGAGUCAGAUCACAUGUUCGAUUUUAAAUACAAUGGGUCUGCAUUUUGAAUCAUAUACCAGUCAAGCCUAGUCAUUCCCUUGGUUAUGUUCUACACGUUCUUUUUAUUGGGUUUAGCAUGAUUUCAAAUGUGAUUGUGAAAACUAGUGGUUUUAACUCUCGGGCUUUGUUUUCAUUUUCACUUUUGUACAAUGCCAUGACGCUACCUGUUGCCUUAAAAUAGAAUGGCUUGAAGUCCUGAAGAGCCAGUGACUGUGUUUAAAAUUAAGUUCUUAGUCUCAGAAAUGUAUAAAAUGUCUCUUUUCCUCUAGGAAUCCAACCUUUGUUAUGAGUGGAUAGCCUUUUUUUGGUCCCCUUCAGUGAUUCCCUCCCUCCAUAGUUGCAUGCUCCUCUCUCACGGAUUGCUUGGAGUCUGAGGAGUGGCCUGUUUGGGGGCGGUAGAGUGGAAUGUAAACUGAUUCAGUGGUUCUGAUUCUCUCCAGCCCCAGCCAGACCGAGAGCAAGGACCUAGGAUUGCAUCAUUUGCUCCUUAUGGGCUUACGAGGUGUCAAGAACCCAAAUCACAGAACCUUUCAGCGACUUUUAAUACUGCCUCAGUUUAACUCAAUUCUGAAGGUUAUUUUAGUGAGUGUUCAUGGUGAGUCUUGAAGACUUGAUUGAACAGAUAAAUAUUUAGAUUGUCAUCGAUAGUAAGUGUGUCAACAUAUAUUCAACAAGGGACACAUUGGAAUAUUUCCUACUUUUAAAGAGAGGGAAUAACUUGAAGGUUCUCCCAAACUUUCUUUAAGGAAUCUUACCUAUUUAUUUAUCCGAAGACAAGGCAUCCUGGUAAAUUUCUUUUAGAUCCUUGUUUUGAUUUUAAUGAUCAUCAGUCUUUGGUUUCUGCUUAGAAUGUUUUCUUGAAGCCACAGCAUUUUAUGCGAUUCACGACUGAAGAUGUGAGUAAAAACCUGGGACUGAUUUUCGUAUGAUUUACAUAAUCCAUUACUUUGUAGUUAGGCUUCCCGUGUCAGACUCCUUUAGGAAAAAUAACUCGAUUUCACCUUUAGGGCCUUUCUUAAAGGGAUUUUGCUCUAAAGAGAAAUACUGUUGGGUAGAAGAAAAGGGUUGAGGCAGGAAUAGUCAGCUCUGGUCACAAUUCAAUCAAUGCACUGAUGAGCGAUGAAAUGAAGUGCAAAAUAUAAAACAGCCUCUGUGCAUAGACGAGAUGCCCUUGUCCCGUAUUGAGGAAAGCCUUAGUCCUUGGCCACGGAGGUCUUCCCACCCAGGUACAGCAGCAGCUUCGCCCCAGAACUGACUUAAUUUUUCACUACUGCAGGGCUCUUACAGCAUCAGCCAUUCCUCAUUUUCUGUAGAGAUUGGCUGGGUAUAAGGUCACUUAAUAUUAAAUGAAGAAGGUACAAUCAAUUUCAAAGAUCUCCAACCUGCAAUACUCAAAGCAACACCGUGAAUUCUCAAGUGUUUGAACACAUCUGGCAAAACAGAUCUAGGAUUUGGGUGGAGAUAGUACCAGAGUUGACGACUCUUUUAAAACCAUGUGUGACUUUUACGAAAAGGCUAAUCGUGAUCCUAUUGAGUGGUGAUCAUCAGUGAUCAUAUUGAGUAGUCAGCUGCUUGCCAGGUCUUCAGAAAGAGAGACAUUUCCUUCCCUAGCCAAUGUGGUAGAGUUCUCACCUACCAAGGGCCUGGGGACCCCAUAAGCUAUUUAUCAUUAUUUAUCACUGGCAGAUCUGAGCCUUAAAUUCUCACAUUGAGGUAAACUAGUACAGAAACUAGGAAAGAAAAGAGAACUGUUCAGUUGUCAGCUCUAUCAGGCCACAUCCUCUAAGAAGCUGUCAAGGACGUAGUAAAUGUCCAAGUGGUUAAAACUGUAAUUUUAAAAAUAAUAUUCUAUGAAUGCCACAUUGUUUAUUGAUAAUUUUAUGGUUCUCUGUUUCAUCAAACCACAAAAACCAAACCAAUGCUGCUGGCCAUUUACUACCUCAAGUGAUCGGGAGGAACAUUUUUAAAGACACCCGGUAAAUCUAAAUCCUUAUUUUCAGUGUUUUAUUAUUUCUUGAGGUUGCCUUGCUAUUUGAAUAAAGUGGUUGUGCCCUUCCUGUUUCAACCAAAGUUAAGUGGAAUAAAAUAAGAGUCUAUGAAGCCAUCUUAUCCAUAAAACUAUUACCCUGACACUGUCCCUUUAGCUACUGCACUACCCUUUUAUGUUUUAUGUACACAAAACCAUUGAUAAAGCACGUGGCAUUUCCAAAAUAGUACCUCAAACUGGAGUCGAACUAGAAUUGUAGAGUCUGUUUCUUGCCAUUUCCUCUCAAGGUUAACGUGUGGGACUCAGUUUUCCAGAGGAACCACGGGGCAUUGUCUGUAGAAACCUUGACCCAUUUCCUCUUUCUCCCUGUUGGUUAAAUGGUCAGGUUGAAAUAGGCUCCAUUUGAGUUGUUUCUGGAAAACUGAACACAUUUGUAACCAGUAUGAAAUCUUUAAUCCAGUAGAAUAUAUUUUCUUAAGAGCACUCACUGAAAUUGCCCUCAGGAUUAAAUGAAGCCCAAAUAUGCAGUUCGUGACUUAAUAUAUAGGCUCUCUGGAUGUCUGUAUAUGUCUUUAUAUGUUUGCAUGUAUGUGGCUCUCUAUAUACCACUGAGUAAAUAAGCUAAACCAAAUUACACUUCGACAGCUUUAUGACAAAUCUCAAACGUUAGCACACAUUUCAAAUUCAUCCUUAUAACACUAGGAACUAUCUAGUGAUACAAAUUUCUUAAUUUCAGAUUUGACUUUAUCAUUCUUGCCUCUUAAAGAGAUUUCAUGCAUUUUAAUUAUUUUCAUACUUCAUAGAAAUGAAAGUCUGUGUUUGCUACAAAUUGAAUGCUCAUGCUACCUGAAAUAAUACUUUGGACUGCAGGACAGUAUUGAUUCUUAAGUAGAUUGACUAUAAUCUCAUGAUAAGUAUAUAUAUAUGUGCACGAGAAAACACAUUCAGUAAUAGUCUCUGUGUUUAAAAACUAUCAUGGUAUACAUUUUCCUACGUGGUGCUUGAGGAGUUUCAUUCUACAGUUUACAAGGUGUAGGUUUGCACCCCAAAUUCUCAGGGUAUACUAUUUUACCCAAAUACUUGAAAGAAGAAGGUGCCCUGUAUUUUAUCAGUACUGUUGAGGGGAAAAAUUAUGUGUAGGCUUGUUUUAGAAAACUAUUUAUAAAAAUCAAAUUCAUAAACUAUGUUAGACUUUUUCAUAAUUUCUAAGAAGAUAUACAGAUAGCUAUGAUUUAUAUUUUCAAGAGACUGUUUCUAUAUUCUUACCUAACUUCUGGGUCCUAAGUAGACCUCACAGGUGCAUAAAAUCAUUAAUAAAGCAUGUAGCAUUUGCUAAAUUGUACCUUGAGCUUGAAUCUAAUCAGAAUUGCAACCUCUGGUUCUCUGGAAAGAAAGCACAUCCAUCUGUGGCACGUGUGACUACAAGGCCCAGAGGAAGAUUCUGCGAAUUGGACUCAUUUGUAUGCCCCAUGUCUCAGAAGAGAACUGAGCGUUCCCAGCAGUGUUUGUAAGCUGUUAACAUUCUUGUUUCGUGUUGCAACUAGAGCAUAUUAUUAGGUUUAUUCCUAUUUAAUUCAAAAUGGUGCAGAACAACACACACACACACACACACACACACACACACCAUAUCUAAUUUGAUUUCUUUUUUUAAGUUCACAGUUGCUUUUUACAAGCUAGUGUUCAUGGUAAAGUCCUUGCCGGGGCUCCUUGGAAUUACCUGUCCUACCUGGAUCUGUGUUCUAGCAGGUGGUCCUUUCUUUUUCUCCCUCUUUGAGGAUGUAGGUUUCUAUAUUUACAUGUAAGUCAUAUUACUGUAGAGUAAAGACAGUGGUGGUGGAAAAGAAUGUGAAGACUGUGGAAGUUAUGUCCCAAGCAGAGGAGAGGAAAUCGGGGGGUAAAUGGAGAAAGACAUUGGGUAAUGCCGAAUUGUACCCCUGCCUAUGAAAAAGGCCAGAGGUAAAUGGAAAGAAUGUGAACAUUAAAACUGCUCUCAAGACAGUAGUCUUGGUGGAAAAGUUCCUACCUGAGGUCUGAUUCAAUUAUGAGACACAGUGAGCUUGGCCAAUGGGACUGUGAAAUCAGCCCAGCAGCUGUGAGAAUUACGUUCUCGGUAUGUUGCAGACGGAGAAAACUACUUAGACAAGGACUCUGUGAGACUGGCCUACUUACCUUUAACUGCGGCAUUCGUAAGUGAUUGUGCAAUCUUGUGUAAUAGUCUUUUAUUUUGACUCUUUUGAAAAACAAAAUGUUUUGUUGUUGUUUUUCCAGUAAAAGUAACUUCAAAGAAAACAUGCACUGUUUGUCUCUAUUGUGACUCAAAAAGCAAGCUGUGGACAUUUUGACUUUCUUCUGUAUUCUAAUUUAAAUCCUUCACUUAACUAAAAUCCUCUGUUGUAAUGGUUCACAUCCAGGUUGUACUGGUUUUCCAUUGCUGCGGUAACCACAAGCUUCGUGGCUUCAGACAAGACCAAGUUGU